AUGUCGAAAAGGACUUCUUCGUCGGAUGCGUCGUCGACGUUUUCGUUCGUCUGGUCGAAGCUUCUCGCUGUAACAACACCGGGCGACUAUCGCAGAGGCAAAGGGGUGUCACCGAUUGGCACUACUGCUUUGUGUGGUCGCGCGUUCAACUCACUGGAUUGGAUUUGCGGAUUUUUGGCUGAAGACAAAAGAUGGCUUCAAACUAUCGUGCAUCUCUACCAAUCAAUUGAAGAAGCCAUUCGAGAUGGAUUAACUCAGGAAGAACGAUCUUGCCCCCUCAUUCCCGCGUCGGGACGACUCGAGAAGGCUCAUUCUGGCCAGUCGAGAGGUUAUAACUUCAAGUCUCACAAGAUAGUAUCGCACAGUGUCAGACCUGCACGCUCUGUGUCCAGGUACCCUGAUCGCCCAGACUCGCGGAAUUUCAUUCAUUCCCGGCGACAUGGACAACAAUACUGGAGUUUAGCCCUAGCGGUGUCUCUCGCCUCCUUGAGCUGCGACGAGUCGAGAAACGCUGCCGGCUAUCGAAUCAGCCAUAUGAUCCUGCCAACUCUCCUCGAUAACAUACAGACAGACGAGCCGGCCGCCAAAAGAGCUAGUGCUCGUGGAAAGCAAGAGCACAACGAGUCCAUCGACGUUCCCCUGCCAUGUCCAGACAACGCGCUUUCAGGUUCUCCAGACGGAGGUCGUCACGCCGAAUUACCAGGGAACGGCAGUAUAAAUGAGGAGGUAUCAGCCUUAAAUAUCGCCGACGCAUGUUGCUUUGAAGACAUCGAACGACCGUGGUCUACCCAAGUAUCCGGAUGUUAA